UUAAACCUGCUUUCCCUCCCUCUUUUCCCUCAGAAAACCAAAUAUGGCAUCUUCCAUGAGGAGCUUGUUUUCUGACCACAGCAGAUAUAUUGAAUCUUUUCGGAGGUUUCUCGACGAUUCCACGGAGCACCAGUGCAUGCAGGAAUUCAUGGACAACAAGCUGCCAGAUGUAAUAGCAAGGAUUGGAAAUACAAAAUCAGAAAUUAAGAUUCUAAGUGUUGGUGGAGGUGCAGGUGAAAUUGAUCUUCAAAUUCUCUCUAAAGUGCAAGCUCAAUACCCAGGAGCUCAUAUCAACAAUGAAGUCAUCGAACCAAGUGCUGAACAAAUCACCAAGUACAAAGAGCUUGUAGCCAAGACAUCAAACCUCGAGAACAUAAAGUUUGCUUGGCAUAAGGAGACAUCAUCUGAAUAUCAAAAUAGAAUGAUGGAGAAAAAAGAAGUUCAGAAGUGGGACUUUAUUCAUAUGAUUCAAAUGCUGUAUUAUGUAAAAGAUAUCUCAGCUACCCUGAAAUUCUUCCAUAGUCUCUUAGCUACCAAUGCUAAGAUUCUCAUUAUUCUCGUAUCAGGAACCAGUGGAUGGGACAAGCUAUGGAGAAAGUACGGAUCCCGCUUGCCACGGGAUGACCUCUGCCAGUAUGUAACAUCCUCUGACCUCACUCAGAUGCUGGAGAAGUCAGGAAUUAAGUAUGAAUGUUACAACCUUCUAUCCACCAUGGACAUAUCUGACUGUUUUAUUGAUGGCAAUGAAAAUGGAGACCUGCUAUGGGAUUUUUUGACAGAAACCUGCAACUUUAGUAAAACAGCACCACCUGAUCUCAGAGCAGAAAUUAUGAAAGAUCUACAAGAACCUGAAUUCAAUGUAAAGAAAGAGGGAAAAGUUCUUUUUAAUAAUAGUCUGAGUUUCAUAGUGGUUGAGGCAUAAAUAUCAAUCCAUGAGGGUGUAUUUAAAAAUAUUUUGAACAGUGUUGAUCAUUCAUUUAUUUCUGUAUUAAAAUUAUAAACACAUAACAUAGAGCAUUGUCUCUUCUGUGUAAAAUCUAGAAAAUUCCAAGACAUUCUUCCUAGACAUACAUGUAGAAUUGUACAUGAUACUCUUGCUCUUAUCUGAUCCUUUCUCCAGGCAAAGAGACUACAGGAAGGCUAAAUACCACAUAACCUGGAAAAAUGAGAAAAUUAAGUUUCAUUGGCUUAUUGACAAUAAAAUCCUUUCUAUUUUCUGA